GCCAUCACUAGCGAGCACACUUUUCUCCAUCUUCCUCCAAUCACUUAAACGAGCAAGAAGGCCAGCAGAGGCGUGCUUUAAAGUACGCAAACUAAAAACCUCCAUAAGCCCAACAAGAAUGACAUUCUGAAGCAUAAAUCAACGUCAACGAUGCCAGUCUUGCUAUCGGAAAGAAAGCAGUUUUAAAGAAUAUUUGGUUGGGACAGUUUGUAAUGGCUACUGAGAUGGAUUUAGAAAGCAGAGCAGAACAAGAGACCACCGUGGACCCUGACUCCAAGUACCCAUUGAAGGUGCUUUAUUGUGGAGUUUGCUCUCUGCCUUCAGAGUACUGCGAGUACAUGCCCGAGCCCGCCAAAUGUCGGCAGUGGCUGGAGAAGAACUUCCCGGAUGUUUUUGCCAGGAUGACUCUCGGCCCGGCAGCAAAGGCGCCCAAACAGGAUCCCGACGCUGGAGACGCUCCCCCUGCUGGCGAGGAGGAGGAGAAGAAGAAGCAGAAGAGAGGUGGGCGUGGCCAGAUCAAACAGAAGAAGAAGACGGUGCCUCAGAAAGUCACGAUAGCAAAGAUCCCGCGAGCCAAGAAGAAAUACGUCACGCGAGUGUGCGGCCUGGCCACUUUUGACAUCGAACUCAAAGAGGCUCAGCGCUUCUUUGCACAGAAAUUCUCUUGUGGCGCCUCCGUCACGGCCGAGGAUGAAAUAAUCAUUCAGGGAGAUUUCACCGAUGACAUCAUCGACGUCAUCCAAGAGAAGUGGCCUGAGGUGGAUGACGACAGCAUCGACGACCUGGGCGAGGUCAAGAAGUGAAAGACCAAAUGUGCACUUUUACUGCAAAUGGAUGUGAGCUGUAAACAUGGCCAAAUGUACACAUGACGUCAUUUUAUACCUAACUUUAUUUUACUGUACAUAAACGCUGCACACCUGGCCACUCAACUUGAUGAUGAUUUUUGUUUCACUUCUUAUUCGCCGUCUCUCGUUUGCCAAAGGUAACGUGAAGCCCUCUCCUCAACUCACUGACGCAUCUCACCCUCCACGUGUACACGCGCUCCAUUUUUGCUCAACAUCAAAAACCACAUUAAAGGAUUUCUUUUCAGGGUU